GUAAAUGACGUCAGCCCCCGGGUCGCCGAGCAGUGAAACAAACAUGGCGACAGAAUGGAGCGGGCAGCAGGGUUACAUUCUCACUGUCAUUAUAUUCCUGUGGAGCGCAGUCGGCGGCCGCACAGAGACGACGGCGACGGCGUCCGGGGGCGGCGGAGGCGGCAGCCAGGUGCUCGGCAUGCGGCUGGAGAGGAGCGACAAGCCGUCCGGUACCAAUGACGAUGGUGUCAUCCAGGUGACCGAGGAGAGCUCCGUGCAGCUCCGGUUUUACGGGGUGCAGCUCCACUCGGGCGCCUGGACGCAAAUACGCUUCACGGAGCUAACGGACAGCGGCGAAGCGGGCGAAGGCGAGGAGGAGGAGGCGGUAGCGGCGGCGAGGGGGAGCGGCAGCGGCAUGAUGGAUGCGCCCGAUAGGACUUGUGUUGAUUUCACGAAGGACAUCAGCGUCGGGACCUUCAUGAACGUCAGCAGUCGGGGCACGUCGGGGCUGCUCACCGUUCACGUUAAGCCGCUGCGCAAGAGCGAGCCCAGGAAGGAGUACGCCCUGUGCACGCGGAGCGCGGACGGGAGCAGGUGGGUGCUGCUGGGGGACAGUGAUGGCAGGCUGCUGGUGCUCGAGGAGAAGAAGUCCCUGCUGCCCAUCUGGCUCCAGGCCAUCCUCAUCGCGUGCCUGCUCGUGCUCUCUGGCAUGUUCAGCGGACUGAACCUGGGGCUGAUGGCGCUGGACCCCAUGGAGCUGCGCAUCGUGCAGAGCUGCGGCACCGAAAAGGAGAAGAAAUACGCACGAAAAAUCGAGCCCAUCCGCAGCAAAGGGAACUAUCUUCUCUGCUCCCUGUUGCUAGGCAACGUCCUGGUGAACACCACCCUCACCAUUCUCCUCGACGACCUCACCGGGUCCGGUUUGGGCGCCGUUGUGGCUUCGACCGUCGGGAUCGUGAUCUUCGGGGAGAUCGUGCCCCAGGCGCUGUGCUCGCGCCACGGACUCGCCGUCGGAGCCGACACCAUCAUGGUGACCAAGUUCUUCAUGUUCUUGACGUUCCCGGUGUCCUUCCCCGUGAGCAAGCUGCUGGAUUUCAUGCUCGGCGAGGAGAUAGGCAUCGUGUACAACCGGGAGAAGCUGGUGGGGAUGCUGAAGGUGACGGAGCCGUACAACGACCUGGUGAAGGAGGAGCUGAACAUGAUCCAGGGCGCCCUGGAGCUCCGCAACAAGACGGUGGAGGACGUGAUGACGCCCACGGACCACUGCUUCAUGAUCCAGGCGGACGCCGUGCUGGACUUCAACACCAUGUCGGAGAUCAUGGAGAGCGGCUACACGCGCAUUCCGAGUCUCUCCCUCUCUCCCUCUCUCCACUCCUCUCCAGGUAAAUCCCACCUGGCCAUCGUCCAGAAGGUGAACAACGAGGGGGAGGGCGACCCUUUCUACGAGGUGCUGGGAUUGGUCACGCUGGAGGACGUCAUCGAGGAGAUCAUCAAGUCCGAGAUCCUGGACGAGUCCGACCUUUACACUGACAACAGAAACAGGAAAAAGGUGGACCCCAAUAAAAACAAGCCCGACUUCUCGGCCUUCAAGAACAACGCCGACAGUAAAGUGAAGAUCUCUCCCCAGCUCAUGCUGGCGGCUCAUCGUUUCCUGGCUACAGAGGUCAACCUGUUCAGCCCGUUCCAGGUCACCGAGAAAGUCCUGCUGAGGAUCCUCCGACACCCCGACGUCAUCCAGGAGCUCAAGUUCAACGAGAACGACAAACGCUCACCGCAGCACUUCAUCUACCAGAGAGGCAAACCUGUCGACUACUUCGUCCUCAUUCUGCAGGGGCGAGUGGAAGUGGAAGCUGGAAACGAAAACAUGAAGUUUGAAACUGGCCCGUUCUCUUACUAUGGAGUCAUGGCUCUGAGCUCACCAUCACUGGCUGUCACCCCCCCUCUCUCCCCAUCGGUGGCGUCCCCCCCUCCACGACGCCUUUCUCUUAAGAGGUUUUCUCUGUUCUCUCGUUUCCCAGAGUUUCGUUCUCCCUCACACGGGGCCAACCUCAACCGCUCGGCGUCUCUGAGCUGCGCCGAGCGCCCGCCAGAAAGCGGCUCCGUCGGCGGGAGCGUCACUCAGAUCCCCGGCACGCCCUUCCAGUACAUACCGGACUUCUGCGUGCGAGCUCUCACAGACCUGCAGUUCGUCAAGAUCACUCGUGCUCAGUACCAGAACGGGCUCCUGGCGUCCAGGCUGGACAGCACGCCGCAGUCUCCGGAGGGCAGUCACGCUCGCCUGGACACGUCCGUCUCUUUGCCGCCCGUGACGCCGCCGCCGGGGACCCGCGGCCCGCUGCCGCUGGCCACGCCUCCUCCGGCACAGCGCCCGCCGUCCAACUCCAACGCUCAGCCUCCACCGAGCAGCCGCGCCGCUCCGCCCCAGCAAGCCGCGGCGCCGCCGUGCAACCACGCCCACGUCUCCCAACCUUCUCCGUCCUCCGUGAGCGCAGUGACGUGCACUUUUAACCCCCACCCGACUCUGCCCUCCAAGACCCAGCAGCGGGCGCCAUCUCCCGGCCCGGAGAACGGACCGGGAGAGACCACCACUCUGCUCAGUGAGCAGCAGAACUGUCCGGGCCUCCGCAGGCCCAGCUACAGCCUGGCACACCCCCACCCGCACGUCCACACCAUCAGUCACGGGCACACGGAAAGCACCAUCUAACUGAGCUACCUGUGCGCUCCAGGGCCGUGCUCGAUCGAAGAAGUUCUCAGUCGACUAGCACUCGUUCAGUUGUACCGACUGAUCGAUUAGUUGAUUUUAAUCGACAGAGCUGUAAAUCUGAGUUUCUCCGCAAAGAGUGACGCAAAAAGCACCACUUUAAUUCUUGUGUUUACC